CGGCGAGGGUGUGGACGUCCCACACAGAGCACAGCAAUCCUGUAGAGAUAACAUAACUUCUUCUGUGUCUUAAACUGCACAACACGACACCAGGCUGAUAUAUCUGGGUUGUGUGAGUGCCAUCGAGGCUUUCUUCAUUGUGUCCCUCACUGCUCCAGAUGAGGGACUGAUGCUGGCCUGGACCCUGCUGAACCUCUCGGGCCGCCUCUCAUCUUAGCUGUCUCAUUUCAGUUCUGCAUCGACUCCCACAGGUGCACCUUAAAGAGAAGAACAAUAAUAAUAAUAAUAAUAAUAGUACACAGGCCAUAAAAUGGAUGACAUCUUUACUCAGUGCCGGGAAGGCAAUGCGGUGGCAGUUCGCUUAUGGUUGGACAACACAGAGAAUGACCUCAACCAAGGAGAUGACCACGGCUUCAGUCCUCUCCACUGGGCAUGCAGGGAGGGCCGCUCCAGUGUGGUGGACAUGCUCAUCAUGAGAGGCGCUCGCAUCAACGUCAUGAACCGUGGAGAUGACACGCCUCUGCACCUGGCUGCCAGCCACGGGCAUCGCGAAAUCGUAGGAAAGCUGAUCCAGUGCAAAGCAGACACUAAUGCAGCCAAUGAACACGGGAACACACCACUGCAUUACGCCUGCUUCUGGGGCCAAGAUGAAGUGGCUGAGGACCUUGUGACUAAUGGGGCGCUGGUGAGCAUCUCUAACAAAUAUGGGGAAACUCCCCUGGACAAAGGCAAACCUCACCUGCGGGAACUCCUCAGAGAAAAAGCAGAGAAAUUGGGACAGAACCUGACUAAAAUUCCCUUCAAGGACUCAUUCUGGAAAGGCACCACCAGGACUCGACCCCGUAAUGGCACUUUGAACAAACACGCAGGCAUUGACUUCAAACAGCUCUCUCUCCUGGCUAAAAUAAAUGAGAACCAAUCUGGAGAGUUGUGGCAAGGACGCUGGCAGGGAAAUGAAAUUGUUGUUAAGGUGCUAAAGAUUCGUGACUGGACCACCAGGAAAAGCAGAGACUUCAAUGAGGAAUAUCCCAAACUCAGGAUAUUUUCCCACCCGAAUGUCCUACCCAUGUUGGGAGGAUGUCAGUCUCCUCCCGCCCCUCACCCCAUCAUCAUCACACACUGGAUGCCUUAUGGCUCUCUCUACAACGUGCUGCAUGAAGGCACCAACUUUGUGGUGGACCAGACACAGGCUGUGAAGUUUGCUCUGGACAUCGCCUGUGGAAUGGGCUUUUUACACACACUUGAACCUAUGAUCCCCCGCCACUAUCUCAACAGCAAGAGCGUUAUGAUAGAUGAAGACAUGACAGCAAGGAUCAGCAUGGCAGACGUCAAGUUCUCCUUCCAGUGUCCUGGCAGGAUGUACUCGCCUGCAUGGGUAGCCCCCGAGGCCUUGCAGAAGAAGCCUGAAGAGAUCAACCGUCGCUCAUCAGACAUGUGGAGCUUCGCUGUCCUGCUAUGGGAGCUGGUGACCAGAGAAGUGCCAUUUGCUGACUUGUCCAACAUGGAGAUCGGCAUGAAGGUCGCCUUGGAGGGUUUGAGGCCCACUAUCCCGCCCGGCAUCUCGCCCCACAUUUGCAAGCUCAUGAAGAUAUGCAUGAACGAAGAUCCAGCCAAGAGGCCCAAAUUUGACAUGAUUGUGCCAAUUCUGGAAAAAAUGCAGGACAAGUGAAAAAAACUCCUCUGCCCUCCUAUACUGAACCGUCAAAUUACUGGAUAUCUUACCCCAGAUAUCACUCUGAUGUGGUGGUGUGGUGCUUACCAGUAUUGCCUUAAACUCUUACUCUACCGCCGCAUUCAAUGCCACUGUAGCUUCUGAGAUGAAUUCAGCAGCAGUCUUUUUUAUAUUGUUUUUGUUUUUUUCAAUGUGAUAUCACGUUUUUAUUUGUCUUCAUUUUUGUCACUGAUACACCCUUAACAGGAGGUAAGCAUUAACUGUUUAUCUUCGUAACUGUAGUGACGUAGACUGCAGUAAGUACGGUCUUCAAGUGACUGAAUAACCUGUGGAGGUCCACAUGACUGUCUGCUGCAUUGCUUCACUGGAUUUACAGCCGUAUUUGUAUCUGGAGUGGGCUAGUGGAGGCUCCUAUUAAAAGAAAUCAAAUUAACCCAUAGCUUGUCUUGUGGGGGAAAGGGUUGUUGUGUUGGCAACAUAUUGAAUGCAAAAUGGCAAGCAUGACAAAUCGAAACAAAGCAUUUAAAGAUAUAAGAUUAUUAAGAAACUUUGUAUGAAAAAGUGGUUUCCGUGAGAGAAUUUUACAGUGUUUUACUAUUCAGCUUGGCUGUGUAGUGAUGUGUAAAGCUUGGCUUGUCUUGAGCUUUCGUCCCUAACUAUCCUGUACAACCUGCUGACAACAAUGCAAAACUGGUCAAACAAAUGUUUUUUUGGAGGGGGGGGGGGGGG